CAACAUGAGGUUUCGCCCUCCGCUCAUUUCGUCAGCCCAUCACCUUUUCUGAUCCUCUCCAACUCUCACAGUUAAAGCAGGGCGCUUAAAGAUGACUCCUUCCACUGAUGAAAGUAUCAGCCUUGCAUCAAAUGUUUCUGACGACUCAUUCCGUUUUGAAACCAUCCAAUUUGUCGACACAGAGGAGCCCAAGUUUUAUCGGAAGGGGGGCUUUCACCCAGUUCACAUCGGCGAUCACUUUGACGGAAAACGGUACCGAGUUGUCCACAAGCUUGGCCAUGGCGGCUUUUCCGUCGUAUGGCUAGCUUACGACACUUGGGAGUCAAACUGGGUAGCCCUCAAGAUUGUGGCAGCUUUGGACUCCCCUUUGGCGCAAGAGAAGGCAGUCAUGUGUCACAGCAUCAUUUCGAAAAUGGAUGAAGAAAGAUUCGUCACUUAUAAGCGAUUCUUCCACAUCAAAGGACCGAAUGGCCGGCAUUUAUGUCUAGUCCUACCAUCUUGUGGCCCUUCUUGCAACACCAUGUCCCAAGACCUACAGAGUAGGAUUCGUCCCCGGCUGGCGCGUCGCGUGGCUUCACAAGCUACAAAAGCUAUCGCACAUCUUCAUUCUCAAGGGCUUUGUCAUGGAGACUUUACCCCGAGCAACAUGGUGUUUCGCAUCCGUAACCUUGAUCAUCUAGACGAUCAAGGUAUAUACCGUCUUUUUGGUGAACCUCAACGUGAUCCCCUCAGAACGAUAUCGGGUGAGCCUACUGGUGCAGAGGCGCCGAGGUAUGUCGUUGGCAAUCUCGACUUCACGUCAGCAGAAGACCUCAUACUUGAUGACAUCUGUUUGAUCGACUAUGAUCAAGCAUUCUUAUCCUCUUCUCCCCCGAGUAAAACACUUGGGACACCUUCAGGCUUUCUAGCGCCUGAGGUAGCCAUUGGAAAACCUGCCAGCCCGGCGAGUGAUGUUUGGGCAUUGGGUUGUUCUAUCCUACAGAUCAGGUCAGGCUCUUCUCCUUUCUUCAUUCCCAACAUCGAUAGUCCAGCAAACAUGCUUGGAUGGGUCAGCGAGUACCUUGGCUGUAUGCCGGCAUCAUGGGGUGAGCCUCUAUUCGAUGAUGAUGGCCUGCCAACGACGGAUACGACCAAUGGCGAGCCCCUAGGCGAAGUGCUCGAAAACACGAGAUCGCUCAAGCAAUGGAUCACCGAUAUCUGGGAUCAGCCAGAGAAUCUCCAGGAGCUUCAGUCUACAUUACCUGCGCCAGAAAGAGUGAAGGAUGAGAACAGGCCAUACUUGGAAUGCUACCGCGACAGAUUCUGGAAACCUGCCGCGAUCAGAAUUGAUGAUGUCUACCUGGGAGCAUACUCAGACAAAGUUGACAAAAUCGUUGGGUCGCUCCUGAAAAUAUCGAUGCAGGAAGUUGACUUGUUGUACGAUUUGAUAUCCAAGAUUUUUGUAUACGAGCCUACACAGCGAGUGUCUGCAAGAGACAUCUUGGCUCAUCCAUGGCUUCACAUGCAUGAUACGAUAUGAAGAUUUAUAGUCAACUUGUCAAGGAAAGCUAUGAGAUAUUGGUUAGAGAAGUCAGUAGACAAAAUAUAAUCACAAAUUCGGGGUGACACAAAAGGCCUGCACACCCGG